GCCCUGUUGUGUUUAGUUUUUUUUUUAGCACUGUCAGAAAGCUCAUACACUGCGAGCUUCCUCCACCUUCCACACUGCUUACAGGACUCUCCCAGGAUGCUGUCGAACAACCCUCACAUCGGGCACAAAGUGGCAGGCUGUUUGAUUUUCCUCUCCGUCUUUCACAUCAACUUUUCUGCUGGCAGCACCGGAAAGGGCUCACAGAGCCAAGAUGAUAUGCAUGUCAUCCACCACAAUCAACUGGACCUGCGGGAGAUAGUGUUCGUCAUCCAGAGUCAGAGCAACUCCUUCCAUGUGAGGCAGGCAGAAAGACUGAGAGCAGACUUACUGCAGCAGGCUCACACUCUGAAAGAGAAACCACCGGUGGUAUUGCUUCUUCAUAGUUUAUCAGAUCACGAGGGAGAUUGGAGUAUCCUUCCUCUGCUGCCCAACUUAUCGAACUCCUUCGGGAAAAACUCCUCCUGGAUUGUAUUUCUUGAGGAGGAAACAAAUGUGAAGACGACUAAGCUGGUUCAAGUCCUUUCAAAAUUUGACAAGAAUAAAGAGUGGUUUCUCGGUAAGCCCCUGUAUGACAAGGAGUCGACUAUCAUUCAUCACUACGCGUUUGCAGAGAAUCCCUCCAUCUUUAAAUAUCCCGACUUUGUUGCUGCUUGGGCCUUAAGCACCCCCCUUGUUGUUCGGCUCGCAGACAAAGUGAGAAAUGAACCACUUAAAUCUGACUUCACCAUUGACCUGAAACAUGAGGUUGCCUUGUAUAUCUGGGACAAUGGCAACGGUCCACAUCUCACUGGCGUUCCUGAGCUGUGCACGGAGCCGGAGGGCUCUCCCCAGACCCAGCACUGCGCCACGUCUCUGAGCACCGCACCUCCUCUGUGUGGGGAGCCUGUAAAUAAAGAAGAUAUAUUUGUUGCUGUGAAAACGUGUAGGAAGUUUCACAGUGAAAGAGUUCCAGUGAUAAAGAAGACCUGGGAAAAGGAUGCCUUCUUUUUAGAGUACUACAGUGACCAUGCCGACCCAGCCAUACCAACCAUUAAUUUAGGAGUUCCAAACACAGAAAGAGGCCACUGUGGGAAAACAUUUGCAAUCCUUCAAAGAUUUCUGACCAGCUCUGUCCCAAACACCAAGUGGCUCCUUGUUGUUGACGACGACACACUUAUCAGCCUCUCCAGACUGCAGGUCUUGCUGAGCUGUUACGACCCAUCUGAACCCGUGUGUCUGGGGGAGAGGUACGGCUACGGCCUGAGCCAAGGGGGCUACAGCUACAUCACGGGAGGUGGAGGUAUGGUGUUCAGCAGGGAGGCUGUGGUCCAGCUCCUGAACAGCGGCUGUAAGUGCUACAGCAAUGAUGCGCCGGAUGACAUGGUGCUUGGAAUGUGCCUCAAUGCCAUUGGACUUCCUGUCACACACAGUGCUCUUUUCCACCAGGCACGCCCAGAGGACUACGCCAGAGACUUCUUAGCUCACCAGGUGCCCAUCUCCUUCCAUAAACACUGGAACAUCGACCCCAUUGCUGUUUUCAACAAAUGGCUGAAGGAUGACUUGAGGACAAAAGCUGCAGAGGGACUCGAUAAAAGCACUAAGACAGAGUUAUAAACAUUUUAAGCACACAACUAGUGUGUGUGUGUGUGUGUGUGUGUGUGUGUGUGUGUGUGUGUGUGUGUGUGUGUGUGUGUGUGUGUGUGUGUGUGUGUGUGUGUGUGUGUGUGUGUUGUGUGUGU